GAGCAUUCCACGGAGCAUUCUGAACAUUUGAAUUGAAAAUGUCUGUAAAUAUGGUCAUGAUUUGUCCGUUUUGUCAGAUAUUUACGGAAUAAAAAGUGUUGGAUAUGUGUCAAGACUCUAUACCAACAUAAGAGCAUACAUUCAUUGUACAUGAGGAACUCUCAGUUUUUGUCUCAAAUGACAAUUGUUGCUCUUGUGACUCACCUGAAGCUUUCUGAGUUCUCUAUAUACCGUGCUGCCGGCUCUGGCUUUCCUGCGAAACUACACGAAGUUUCAUGUUCAACAUAAAUUGGUAGGCACACUCAAGCCGCAUCCGCGUUUUUCUCCUGAACUGAAACAAGCCACGCCUUUAGAUGCCUUUUCCUCUAUCAGCGCCACGAUUUUUAUCCCACUGAUGUCCCGUGUCCUGUCCUUUAGGGCGUCCCGUCAGCGAUGGUGUUGGUGAAGCAUCCAGUGUCCAGUUUCCGAGCGACCCAGCGCGGCUGCUGAGUGACACUGAACCGUACUGAACGACUCAGCCGACUCGUGACUGCGCGGCUGCCGCUGCUGGUCCGCCAUUCCAUGAUCCUCCGAGAUACCGGGAAUCCGCCGAUCGUCAUCGGUGAGAUUUCAACAUGGCUGAGCUACCCAAGUGGAGAGAGAAGAUAGUAGAUGCAUUGCGGGAGAGAGACAUGCGUCAGGUGGAAUGCUUCCGAGGACUAAUAAAUGAUUACAACCGUCUGUUUGAGGGUGCGGACAGCCUGCGUCAGAACAUCAACAGGACGCUGUUCCAGGAGCGGGCCGUCGGUGGCCACCAGAUCAGUGGAGACGCAGGGCCCGCUCUGGCCGCCGCCACCGAGAAGAUACAGGUACUGGAGCAGAAACAGGUGCACAUGCUGGAGGAGCUGACCAGUCUCCACCGGAGGCGGGGCGAGAACGCACAGAUGAUCGUCGACCUGAACAGCGACCUGGCCAAACUGCGGCAGCAGCUGGCCGCCACUGAUCAGCUUCUGGCUGAGUCGACGGCCGACUGUGAGGCGCUCAAGGAGCGGAUCGCCUCCCUGGAGCAGACCAACUCCGAGCUGAACGCCACCAACCAGACGCUGAAGGACGAGUACAACGCGCUCCACCUCAUCUACAUGCAGAUGGAGAAAAACUUCAAAGAGGCCCAGACAGAGCGUGACAGUCUGUUGGCGAGAUGUUUAGAAAUCAAGUCAAAUGUUGCUGAGAAGAUGAACCAGGAAAAUGAAGAAUUUGUCAGGCGGCGCCAGCUGCGGGUACAGCGGGAGCUAGAGGACGCCACCCGGGACGUGGUGGUGGUUCCCCCGGACACCAGUCGCGUGGCCGCCUGCAUCGAGGCCGCCCUGCCCACAAAGUCCAUCACCAGCUUCGACGCGCACGAGAGCGAGGUGAACGCCCUGGCCUGGAGUCCGUCGGGCGGCCAGCUGGCCUCGGGAGGCAGCGACAGGAAGGUCAAACUGUGGACCGUCAGAGGAGGCCAGUACCAGCUGAUGGGCCAGUACACGGGCUGUAACAAGGGUAUCAACUCCGUGGCGUUUGAUGACGAGGAGACGCUGCUGCUGGCGGCCGGUAACGACCUGGCGAGCCGCGUCUGGGGCGUCGCCGACUUCCGACUCAGGUAUACGCUGACCGGCCACAGCGGGCCGGUGAUGGUGGCCAAGUUCCUGGGCUCCAACACCAAGGUGAUCACCGGCAGCCGGGACCGCACGCUCAAAGGAUGGGACCUGCAGCGAGGCGGGGACUGUGUGAUGAACAUCUUCGCCAACAGCAUAUGUUUCGACAUCGUGGACGGCGUGGGCGCCACCAACCUGCUGUCGGGCCACUACGACAGCACCAUCAAGGUGUGGGACACACGUGACAGCCGGGAGCCGAAACACGUCAUCAAGGUGGACGGCCACGUGACCUCUCUGGCGCAGGGCACCGAGUUUCGGGUGCUGUGCUGCACCCGGGCAGACACGCUGAAGGUGGUCGACCUCAGGACAAUGACCGUCGCAAGGAACUACGAGGCGGACGGUUUUCACGUGGCGUGCGACUACUCGCGGGCCGUGUUCAGCCCCGACUGCAAGUACGUGGCGGCCGGCAGCGGCACCGGCGACCUCUUCAUCUGGAACGAGAGCUCGCGGCGGCUGGAGAAGCACCUGCCGGCCGUCUCCAGCCCGCCGUCGUGUGUGCUCGCCACUGCCUGGCACCCGGAGGGCUCCUGCCUGGUCAGCUCCGACAAGGCGAAACGCAUCACCGUGUGGAGCGACAUCUGAGCGCUCCGCUCCGCACGGCGCCACGUGUGACACGUGUGGUACGUGCGCCACGGGCCGGUGGGUGUCACAAAGCGGCGCCGCGGCGGGCGGCGCCGGAGACCGGUGUAGGGCGCGCCACCGAGCACGGUGAGUCUAUGCGGUGCAGGGCCGCCGCCCCGGCCGCUACUUAUAUACGGUGAUACCGUGACGCGCCCGUGAACCGACCGGCUGAGACGAUAUGAUGUACGUGCCUGUCCUCGUCAAAAGCUUUAUACUUCGCGCGGUUGGCUGUGCGCUGCUUUGUUUGUGACCUGUGUGGGCCGAUAGGGAGGGUGGGUGCUGAGUAUAAUUAUAGGCUCAGGUGACGUUUUAGCACCGCGGCCCGUGUGUGAUUCCAGUCAGUGUGCCUGUACAGUGUCCUGCCAGUGUUUACUAUCUGAUACGUUUGUGAAGACAUCGCCCGAUUGUCCGAGAUGACUAUACGGUGUAUUGUUUGCCAGUUGAUAUUGCAUUGUCCGACGGCCGCUGUUGGUUUGGCUCAGUGUGGACUGCAGUGGCACCGACACUGUGUGGAGACGGGAGAGCUCUUGGUGGAACUCAGAAACAGGAGCAGAGAGGAAUAUAGGAGAGACUUUUGAGCACGUAUUUGUGGCACUCGGUAAAGUUUAUGUUGUUUGAUGAUUUGAUCGUGUUUUGUGGAAAGUAACGCGAAUUAGAUCUCAGGGAAGGCUGGAAUAAACGUAACAUAAAUCUA